AUUCGUCGAGCCGCGACGGAUCCAUCUGAUCUACAUUCAACGAGCCCUAGCGGCCUGCAUUCGCAGGGAGGGGCUGCGGAAGCACUGCCCAGAGCGUAGAGUAGCACAGGACUAGAGUUUCCGACCGUCCUCGCAACAUCUACCUUCAAUGAGGAUGCUGAUGAGGACGACGAUUACGCCCAUCAACGAUGGAUGAUCGAGGACUUUUACGACCCAAACAGAGGUCACGUCAAAGAAGCUGCGCAGAAUGGCAGCGAGUUCGAUGGGGAUGAUCAUGGUGCUGAGGCAAGCCAAGCUUCUGACGACGAGGCCAGUGUGUACUCCGACGUUGAGCGAGUUCCUGACCUCGAUGACAGCGUAGAGACUCCUGCAUGGAGACAACCUCUCUCGGAGGGCACGGCUUCACUGGAAGUUUGUACGAGCGAUGAAGCUCACAGUGCUGAACACGCAAGCGACCAGCACGACGAUACAUCUACCCAGCCUGAUACUGAACCUGAUAACAGCCUAUCCCGCGACCCUUCUGUUCCACGCUUACAGUUCUUGGGGCUCUGGGAGGAGCAAGACUUGACACCACAAGAGAGAAUAUACACGAUGCCGUCUAUCACCGAAGAAAGUCUGCGCACUUACGAGAGCAACGUUGAAACAUACGCAGUGCCGAAUCCCUGGCAAGGAGAAGAGAGCUUUCCUGCAUAUCAAGAGCCAGAAGGCCUCUCGGUGACUGGAAUGACUGAACUCGGUCUUGAGCGGGUACCCUCUGAGACGCGAUCUGCUCCGGCGCCUGUGACCCGACGAGGACGACGUAUGACAAAGACUGAGCAACCUCCGCGACACUCGUCCUUGACUGAAGUCCACAGGAUGAAAGAGCGAGUAAGGAGGCCGUCGUUCGUAUCAACGAAAGCCAGCCCCGCGCGGCCAGCCAUGGCGACAGUCAGCGUCAAGACUGCGGAGUCACCUCGUCUUAACCCCAUCUACAACCACCCCGGAUCUGGGUACCUGCCUCUGCAUCAAAACAAAGAGCCGGUCAAAACAGCGCAAACGAUCAACUCGGACCUUGGCACGUACAAAAUGAUGUGGGAAGACGAGCCAUCCCCCGGCUCUGGAGGCAGUACUGGAACGAUGCUCGGACAGCCUUCCUGCGAGGAACACCUCUUGCCUACAGAUCCUCCUGGCGAUGACCGUCUCGUGGCACCAACACCCAUGUUGGAGAAGGUGAGAUCUCGACUUACAGCAUGGACUUGGGAAAGGCAACAGUCUCCAGAGAACAAUGCUGGCUGGCUGCCGCUUCUCGAUACUGCUGGUCAGCGCCGUGCGAUGACAUCCGAUCACAGUGACAGUCGUGAACUCCCACCUGGCCCACCAAACACUGCUCUACACUCUGAAGAGCCUUCCCGGCCCCAUUCACCUGGCAAAUCUCCCAUGGAAGAAGAUGAUGAGUCAGACCAGCCGAUAGAGAUCCGCAGCAGGGGUAUUAUCGCCACCAGUCCAAAGCUUCACACAGCCCAUCAGACACGCGCUCCAUCCCCAGUGAACGAGGACAGCCUCGCACCUCCUCGAAGGAACAGUCUGCCUGCCUCUCCGACCAUACCCCAGCUGUCGAAUCUUGCACUGGAAGAUUUGCGAUUCGAAUCACACCGCGAUUCAGUGGAAAUUACUCGCGGACACAUAUGGAUCGAAGGGCUCGAUCAUCGCAAUCGAGAGAGACCGAACAGCCUACUGCUGGCAGCGAGAGACUCGUUCAAGCUGGCCAAGAACAGGAUUGACGCCCCAUGGCCGAGAGCCACUGCUUCAGAGACGCAGGCCUUUGCCAAGCCAGCUGGUUCCGCCAUCCAGUGGUCGCGAUUCGGCGGACUGAGUCCAAUACCUGAUGGCAGUCCACCCAAUGCUAGGUCAGGUAGUUUCGAGCUACCAAGCACCGAGUCCAGCGUGCAGAGUGGUAGUUCGAAUGCGCAACACCAAGGAUCCGCAGAUGUCAGUCCACGCAAAGUCCCAGACCAAAAGAACAUCGCAGGAGCUAAUCCACAAGUCGCCGGGAGUGUGGAGCUCCAGAAACGUUUGGAGCGACUAGAACAGCGAGUCCAGGUCUUGGAAGACAGAAUCGCACUCGAUCGACGGAAAUGA